AAUGCAAUGUGGCUCUGCCCACAAGCUGGCUCUCCGUCUGGGAGUGUUUCCCAUUUAAACAAACACGGUCCUUCCGAAGAUGGCGGAGAGUUUGUAGAGAUGGAAAAGAAACUGCUUUUUCAAUGAAAACGUCGACGCCGGCCAUGUCAGCACAUUGAAGUUGCCCAGGGAACCGGAUGGAUCUUGACUGGGGAGUUUAAACACCAAGGUGCUGAUAUGCUCUGACAAUGAGUGGCAUAGGAGACAACCCGUUGGAGCCGCUGUGCUCGGACCGCAAACGGAAACUGUCCACCUGCGACACGCCGGGCAUCGGGUGUGACAAGCGUCGACGGGAACAGGAGACCAAGUACAUCGAGGAGCUGGCUGAGCUCAUCUCCGCUAACCUCUCUAACAUUGAUAGCUUCAACGUGAAGCCUGACAAAUGUGCAAUUCUCAAGGAGACUGUGCGGCAGAUCCGACAAAUCAAAGAGCAAGGUAAAAACUACUGCAGUGCUGAUGAUGUCCAGAAGGCGGAUGUGUCUUCUACUGGUCAAGGGGUCAUUGACAAAGACCACCUGGGACCCCUGCUUUUACAGGCUCUCGACGGGUUCCUUUUUGUGGUGAACCGAGAAGGAAGCAUCGUAUUUGUGUCCGACAAUGUGACACAAUACCUUCUGUACAAACAGGAGGAGCUCAUCAACACCAGCGUGUACAACAUCAUUCAUGAUGAUGACCGGGAGGCGUUCCACAAAAACUUACCCAAAUCUACUGUUCCAAAUGGGGCAUCUUGGGCGGGAGAGGCACCCAGACAGAAGAGCCAUACGUUCAACUGUCGCAUGUUGGUUAACUCGGUCCACGGUCAAAGUCAUGGGUUGGCAGAAGACAGGCCCACUGGACAGCGCUACGAGACCAUGCAGUGUUUUGCUCUCACUCAGCCCCGGGCCAUGAUGGAGGAAGGGGAAGAUCUACAGUCAUGUAUGAUAUGCGUGGCCCGACGCAUCACAGCACUGGAGAGGACCGAGCGCUUUAGCACACGCCACGAGCUGUCCGGUAAACUCAUUGAAAUUGAGCAGCAUAGCACUCUUCACACCACAAUGCGUCCCGGUUGGGAGGACCUGGUGCGGCGCUGCAUACAGAUGUUCCUGAGUCGAAGCGAUGGCCAACCGUGGUCUUACAAACGUCACUAUCAAGACGCGUUCCACAAUGGGCAUGCGGAGACGCCACUCUACCGCUUCUCCCUCGCUGACGGCACACCCGUCACAGCCCAGACUCGGAGUGACCUCUGCAGGAAUCCCAACACCAACGAACCACACUCAUUUCUCUCCACUCAUUUGCUUCAGAGAGAGCAGAAUAGCUAUCGUGGAAACCAAGUAGGAGGCACGAGGCCUCCAAGCAUGGCUGUGAACAAUCCCAACCAGCAGAUGAACAUGGCGUCUGGCGGAGGCAUGAACAUGGCUUACGGCAUGGCCGACCAAGGAAACAUGUCCCAAAGAGGGGCGCCCCAGUACACUGGGGGCAACCGCAUGAAUCCAAUGAACCCCAUGCAUCAAAUGAACAACAUGGGUCCAAUCAAUUCCAUGAACAGCAUGAACCAAAUGGGGCAGAUGAAUCAGAUGGGCCACCACGGGAUGCAUCACCAGCAUCAGCACCAACAUCAACAGAUGGCUCCGUUCCACGGGGGCGGAUCUGGAGGCGGAGGAUACGGGAUGGGAAUGACCAGUCCCCCGCAGGCCAGUCCGGGUAUAAACGGUCCCCCGCACAAUGUCAUGGGUUCACCCCGAGUCAGGGGAAGUCCCAAGAUGGGCGCCAGCCCCUUCUCUCCUGGAGGUUUGAAUUCUCCCAUGGGCUCCAGCCACCCGACUAACUCAGGAGGCGGGACCACAAAUUUCUCCAGCAGCUCCUUGAAUGCUCUGCAAGCCAUCAGUGAGGGUGUGGGCAAUCCGUUGUCCUCCCCCCUUACUUCCCCGAGCACGCACAAGCCUGACAGCUCGCCGAGCAUCAAUUCCACCAACCAGGUUCCAGGUGGAGCCUGCAAAUCCAGCCUCCCAUCCCACUGCGACUCAAAGAGCCCAGCGAGCUCAAUGGCGCCGCCGGCAGGGGAGCAGCAUCCUCACGCCCCCUCAAGCGAGUGCGCUUCGGACAAACCGGACAGUCAAGCGAGCAGGGAGGCGGGACCAAACAUGGCCGAAUCUCAUCGUCGGGUGCCCGACAAAAGCCACAAGAAGCUUUUGCAGCUCCUCACAUCCCCAACAGAUGAGCUUGCGCCAGCGAAGCACCCUCCGAGCUCCGGGCCUACUUCCACCCCGGAUGUCAAAGACGGAACAACCGGCGUUACCAGCCCUUCGUCCUCCAUCGGUGUGUCCUCCUCUACGGGCGCAGUGUCCUCUUCUGGUAGCGCGGGGCAUUUCACGAGUCAGUCACUUCAAGAGAAGCACAAGAUUCUCCACAAGCUCCUGAAGAAUGGGAACACUCCGGAUGAGGUGGCCCGCAUCACAGCGGAAGCCACCGGCAAGAGCAGCUUAGAGUCCGGCACAUCUGAGGCGGGAUCCGCGGCUGCCGGAGCGGUUCGGGCAUCCGAAUCCAAGCAGGAGCAGCACAGUCCUAAGAAGGAGAUUUCCCAAGCGCUCCGUCACUACUUCCUCAAUAAGGAUGACUCGAAAGAGGGAGUUGAUAUCAAGCCGGAGCUGGAGGGGAGGGGAGCUCUGGGGUCAGGGGUCUCAAGCUCCGAGAGCUACUCAAUGGACGCCAUGGUCAAGCUGGAGCCGUCCGAUGAGGUCGAGACCCUGGAGACCAUCCUUGGAACAAGAAAUGUUUCUGGUUUCUUCCCUGAGCCCGAUUCCAGAUCAGGAAAAGAAGUCGGAAACAAACAGGGAAUCAUGCCUGACGGUUUACUUGAAGGAGAUCGAGGCACCGUAACUCCAGGUCAGCGAGGCCCCUGUCAAAGAGCGUUGUCUGUGGAUGCCAAGCCAAUAGGUGGCGAAGUGCAAGUGGGCGUCGGCUUGGCUGCAAGAAGAAACGUCCUCUGUCCAUCACUCAUCAAACAAGAGAACAUGGAUGCUCCCAUUCGUCCUGGGGGGGUUCCGAACGGCUUUCCCGGAGCCGCUGGAGGCUGUCCGCCAAGAGGCCAUCCAACAAGAGGCAUGCUCAGAGGGACGGGGAUGCCUCAACGUCCUCCAAUGGCAGGGCCGGGUGAAUGGGUCAUGCAAAGGUCAAACAGUAGCUCAAUGACAGGACCGGGUCACCCGGGCAUGGUUCGCUCCGGUCCAAUGGGCGGACCAAUGAUCAACCGCUCCAACAGCGUACCGGCAAACACGAGGUCAAUCCUGCAGCAGCAACUUAUGGAGAUGGGAACCAAUGAAGGCAAUAUGAGUAUGAGCCCAUUUGGCGGCCACGGCCCCACACCUCGGUCCCCUUCUUGGCCAGACUCUGCCAUGGGGAUCGAAAGAUCACAAAAUCACACAAACAGGGAACAGUUUGGCAACACCCUAGAGGAGCUUCUCGGGCCGCUGGCUAGCAGUGAGGGACAAAGUGAUGAGCGGGCACUUCUGGAUCAGCUGGACUCUCUGCUGAACACUGCCGACGUCAUUGCUUUGCAGGAAAUAGACCGAGCCCUGGGUAUCCCUGAAAUAGUUGGCCAGAACCAUGGCCCCGAGGGUCAUCCUCAGGCCCAGGAUCCAGGACAGUCUCAAUCUGCCCCACCAGAACCUUUCACAGGGCCAGACUCUAGCAUGGGCCUGGAGCAGAAGCCCAUGUACGGCCAAGGGUAUCCCGGGCCCCCGGGACCGGCCUCGAUGAGCAUGCAGCCUGGUUAUGGCGGCAGCACGAUACCAAGCCAACCUCCGGCAGGAUUCAACCCCAUGCUGAAUCAAAUGGGCCAGGGCGGAAGUUUCCCUGGAAUGGGAGGGAUGGCAGGUCUGGGCAACCCCCGUGCCAACAUGAUAAGACCUCGCAUGAUGACUGCCACCAAGCCUCUUCGACUGCAGCUACAGCAGAGGCUUCAAGGACCGCAGUUCAUGAACCAGGCCCGGCAAGGCAUGAAGAUGGAAAGUGCUCCUGGAGGAAAUCCCGCCAUGCGCCCCGGCAUGCGCCCCGGCAUGCAACCGGGCAUGCAACCCGGCAUGCAGCCCGGUAUGCGACCUGGCAUGCAAGCCGCCAUGCACCCGGGGAUGAGUGGACAGCCUGGUUUCCUGAACGCUCAGAUGAUGGCCCAGCGCAGCAGGGAAGUGAUGACCAUGCAGAUGAGGAGGCAGCGGAUGAUGAUGCUGAUGCAGCAGCAGCAACAGCAACAACAGCAGCAGCAGCAGAUGCAGGCGCAGGCGCAAGGGCCUGCUGCAGGAUUCAGCCCGCCUCCAAAUGUCACUGCACCGGGAGGAAUGGACAGCACCAUGGGAGGCCCUGGCAUGAACCAGCCAGGACAGCAGGGAUUCAACUAUGGUGCUAAUUAUGGGAUGAACCAACAGGGGGAGCAAUCGUUCAUGACUCCAAGUAGCAGCCCGCCGCAAAACAUGAUGACGGGCAGGAUGGGAGGACCUGCUCAGAGCAACAUGAUGUCAGGAAUGCAAGGAAAUCCACAGGGAGGAUCCAUGUACCCGUCAGGAGACAUGAAGGGCUGGCCGCAGGGUGGAAUGCCACGCAAAAGCGCCUACCCCCAGCAACAGUUUCCACAGCAGGGAAACCAGGGCCAGUUUGGGAACAUGAUGAUGAACAACUCUAUUGGCAGACCCGGUCCGGUCGGCGGUGCCGGCUCGUCACAAAUGGGCCAAAUGCCGGGCCAGAUGCAGAAUCAAAUGCAGGGCCAGAUGCCAGGACCGAUGCAGGGCCAGAUGGGCAUGAACCCCAUGGGGAUGGGGCGGAUGCCAAUGGGACCUGAUCAGAAGUUUUGCUGAGGACACAGCAGAACACGUUUGGGGGGCGGGGGUGAGACACACGCAAACAAUAUUCUCCAGCAAUCAAGCAUAUGAGUGCGUGCGAGUGUGCUGGACUUGGAGAUGUCAGGCAGUGUUGAGCAAAAAAUGGGGAGCAACGGUACAACUGGCUCUGUCUGCACUUUAGCUGGAUGUUUCUAUAUGGGGGGAAAAAUGAUUGAUGCAAUAUUUCUUCAUCUUUACAGCCUUACUAGAAAUUUGAUGCCUUCACAACUAUGGAUUUCUUUUUUCAAAUUUUUUUUUUUUUAUCAUCUGGAUGCACCUCAUGUAAACGUCAUUGGAAGCUAUAAGCACAGUUUACUAUGGUAUGCGGAUUGGAGCAAUAAUCUUUUUGUCUGAAAGUGAGCAUCUCAACCUCUGUUUUAAGCAAACAAACGGUACUGCAGUAUUAGAUGUCUCAAACAUCAUGUGGGAAUAUGAAUUGUAAAUAUUAUACAAAAUAUAUCAAACAUGAAUUUAAAGGCCUAUUAUUGCACACAGAAUGAGACUGGCUUGUUUUGGUUUUCGUUGUUUGUCCGGGAGGUCAAAAGCUGAUUUGGUUGAUUUGUGUAUUUUUUUUUCCCUAACAGCUUUCCAAAUAUUUACAGGUCUGAUGGGACUUCCCCUUCCUUUAUUCAUGCCCCUUAAACGCUGUAAUUUUUCUUUCUGUAAAUGUGUGUUUCAAGUCCUAGCGAGGCACUUUUAAUUGUGGCAAGGAUCUGACGAAGUGAAAGUUUGAGCUUCCACGCUCACAAGUGGAAGUGCAAUCUCUUUGGACUGUCAGUCACGUGAAGCUAUUUUUUUGUUGGGUGACGUGCGAAACGUCUCACUCCAGUGCAACGAGGACGUGAGCAGUUCAACACAACAACUCGCGUUGUUCUCUUUCUGUGGGGUGCAUUUAUUUCAUAUGUUUAUUUUAGCUAUUUGGUCCUUUUCCUUUGGACUCUUCUUCUGCUCAAUCUACCAUCUACCUUUUCAACAAGCGCAAUCCAAAGAUAUUUUUCCACAUCUUUGUAUAGUUUCUAAGGUUUCGGGUGUACAUUUUUAUGAUAUACAUUAUUUUAUUCAGAUGGUAAAUGGGUACAUAUCAUCCAUCUGUAAAUGCAUACGAUGUUUAUGCAUUUUAGUCGGAAAGGGGGUUCGGAGCUCUGUGCAGAAAGGACAAUGGAAUCCCCCACUGCGUCGUGUUUUUAAACACGAAUAGGAAAGGUUGACUUCAAGACAUAUCAGUGGCUCAACUACAACUUCAUUCUAAGCCCACAUUUGAUUACUUUUGGGGAAAAGAACUUUGUAAUGUUUGAAUGAAGUGCAAAGUGACGCAAAAGAUCAUUGAGCUGUUUUCCUAUCUUUGGGAUACGAGUAGCUGUCAUUUUACAAGGAUGUAUAUUACAGUUUUUUUCCAGUUGAUGUUGAUAUUGAUGUAAAUACAAAUUUCUAUUUAAACACUUUGUGAACUUAUGAUUAUCAGCAGCACAUCAGCUGGUAUAAUUAUGUUUACAAAAUAAACAAACGAAACCAC